GGAAUGGAUGAGAGCGUACAUCCAAUCUUGUCUAACUCGGGUCUGGAAUUUGCACAUCCCGCCUUUCAGCAAGACCUCUCCAGCAGGUAUAGCUGCCGAUCUUAUUCGCGAGCACGUCAAGGACCCCGACUCCUUCACAUUUGUUGAUCUCUGUGCGGGUGCAGGCGGGCCAACCGCAACCCUUGAGCAUGUCUUGAAUGCGAAACUCAGAGCGAAAGGCAAGCGAGCGGCGCGAUUUGUACUGACGGAUCUCCACCCUCGCUUGGAGGAAUGGUCUGCCAUCAGCAGACGUCAGGAAAACAUCUCGUUCAUCUCCGAGGGUAUGGACGCUGUGGAAUGUGAGAGACUGGCCCCGGAGAACCGGAGGGAGUGCAGGAUCUUCAAUUUGUGUUUUCAUCAUUUUGAUGAUUUGCUUGCGUCCACUAUAUUGCGGAAGGCGACAGAGUCUGCCGAUUCUUUUAUGUAGGUUCUUCAAUUCAUAUUGGACAAAGAGGAGUGAAAUGCUAAAGCUUGGACUGGUAGAAUCUUCGAAUUUGCCCAGCGCAAUUUCACUUCCUUGCUUAGCAUCCCUGUCAUGUUUCUUUUCCCAUUUUGGUAUACGCUUUGUCGGUAUUGGAAUUCCCC